AUGCGCUCUUACCUACUUCUCGCCGGCGCCAUCGGUGCAGUCUCAGCAUUCCCUGCUGAGGUCACUCUCGAAGCUCGUGCUGUCAACUGCGCGAAGGUGCCUGCUACGUCAACGAUUACUACGACAACGGCCUUGACUAGUACUGUGGUCACGUCGACCGCAACAGUCACGACGACUAGCUCCGCAUGCCCUGUUUCCAACGACGAAGUUUGCAACGGACUUAGCGGUGCCAAUUGCCCUGCGCAGAAGCGGGCCGUAAAUUCUGCAAAGGGGAUCGUUCGCGCAGCCGAGCCUGAGGCCGGACCGGUCGUCAACAUCCUUCCUCUUCUCGCUGCCUUCGCGCAGGCCAAGAUCUCAGAAGGUUGCAGCUGCCUCAACAUCAAGCUUAAGGCGACCACAACAUUUACUGCGACCGCGCCUCCAGCAACCACGAAGAUCGUGUCCACAACGACUGCGUGCACGACUGCGUGCACCACCAGUGCACCACCAGUGCACCACCACCUACAGGCCGCGGAAAUGGAGCUCAGUGCACCUUAA